CUAAACAGCCUGUCAAGCAAACAACAGACGUCAAGAUAUAAUCCUGCUGUUAUUUGUAGUAGGAAUGUUUACAGAAAAGAUGUUUCGUUCUACAUGAAUACUUAUCCAAAGAAAAAGAUGCAUUUAAGCAUGAAAAAAGAAUGACCUACAACGGUUUUGGUUAUACCGUCAAUUCUUGUCCUCUAAAUGAGACAGAAUUCAAUGAAAGUGCAAAAAGACUCAACUGCAGUGUGGAUGAGAAUGGGCGGAGUCAGUACACAUGUGUUCCAAAUACAAACAAAACAGCUCUCGUGGAGUUUUGUUACAAGUUUACUGUGGGGUUGUAUGAAAAAGGUAAUUGUUUAGAGACACUUGGCUACGGAUUCUUGGAUCAAGUUAGUUGUCAUCAUUUCCAAGAAGGUUGUCCAGCAAAUCAUUUCAAAGGGACUGAUUUGUACAAAUAUCCUGAAUGCCUCAAUAUCAACACACAUCAGCAAUGCUAUUUUGCAGACCCCUCUUGUCCAAAUACAUCACAAUUUACCACUACAAACAUAACUUUCAAACGAACAGAAGAACAAGUAUUCUUAAACACAGGAGCUAUCGUCGGUGGAAUUGUGUCUGUCAUUUUCUUUCUCUUCGUUAUACUAGCAAUAGUAAUCCUAAGAAAAAGAAGAUUAAGACAUCGUAUAUACCAGAGAAUUCGUAUAAGAUUCGAUACAAAGACAGACAACACUGAAGUAUUUGGAGGAUAUGUUUUAUGGAGAACCAACGUAUCAGACGUCUUUUCCAAAUUGACACCCGACGAAGUAUGCAUAUUACUUUGCUUUUUGUCCACUGACUCGGAUUGCCCUAAUUUCACGAAAACCGAGUCGUGCGAGUGGCUGAGAAAACUUAACGUAAUACGGCUGCAAGUGUAUGGCAAAAGAAAUAGAUUAACUACAGACAAAGUUCAAAAUUCAGUGACAAAAUUGAAAUCUAUCAAAUUCCUUUAUGAUGACGAGGGAGAGCUGCGAAUUACUAAGGAAGUCUCAGACGAAACCAUUUACCGUAUUGGGAAGCAGUCUCGUGACAUUUUAUUUCAUAUAUCUAGUUUCAUGACAGCUAAAAAGUAUCUGAGAUCAAUGGAAUACAAUCGAAAGAUUGACGAGAAAUGUGUUAACAGUAACGAUACUGUCGGGAAUUCCGUACUAAUAAGCCGUCUGCAGAUGGACAUCAUUUCUCAUCCUACUAUUGAAGAUACAUCGAUAUUUCCCCUUGUCUCUCAGAUAUGCAAAUACCAUGCCCUCUCUCAUGAACUUCGAAGUCUUCUUUACAGCCUUCUUCUGCUGGGAAAAUACGCGCUUAAAGUCAAUGAGGAGUCCCAUGCAGCAAUUUUUAACAAACUCAGAGAACGAUAUUUUACAGAUCUACCAAAGUGUACUGACAUAGGGAUACCCGCCGAAUCUCUGUCUGAAAUAUCACAAACACAAGAAAAUGAAUUCACUUUUCAAUCAGACACCAUACGACAUGACGUCAUGUACGCGUUUGUAACAGAGUGUUUGACUGAGGACGGUGAUCUCGAGUUUUUCCUCUCGACAGCAUCGCAUCAGGUGAUAUUAGAAUAUUGUAGGAGCUGGAAAUAUGAGAGAAGUGAAGGAGAAAGGUGUCUGUAUGUUCCAAGCUGGCCUGAAAAGCUUUAUGACCUUUUCAUAGACCGUCUACAGAUUGACACCAUUAUACACUGUCAGGCACCGGAUAAAGUGUUUUGCGACGCAAUCCAAGCCCGUUUUAACUUUCCAAAGGAAAUCACAGACUGGAACAAAGUGGACAAACAACACUACGUGGAACUCUCCAAAAGAGGAACACAGACUGUCCACCAAGUUCGGGGUAUGAUUGUAGGAUGUGCCGGAGCCGGGAAGACUACGCUUCUAAAACGCCUACUUGGGCGUUCUACUGAAGAGAUCCUGAACGUGAAACCAACAAAGGGGUUGGAUGUACAUGAGGAAAUAUUUGAAAUUAGUAAUGGAAAAUUAGAAGAGAGUCUUCGUGCUGACAAUCUCAAGAUCUUUGAAAAAUUCAAUGGAAACGAGAUAAACGAAAGUGCCAUCAAGACUGUAACUUUUUUUGACUUUGGAGGACAAUGUGCGUACUAUGCCUGCCAUCAGAUUUAUCUUACACGGAGAGCCUUUUAUGUUUUGGUUUUGGAUGCUUCAAAAAAUCUUACACAGGUUGUCGAUGAAAGAGUGUGUGAUCAAAAGGGGACUGUAUUUUCUGGAUGGACAUAUGGAAAUUAUUUCCUAUUUUGGUUGAACUCUAUCCACACAUACUGCUUUAUAGAGGGUGGACAAGGGAGACAUGUUGAUGUUGUAAUUGUGGCGUCACACUGGGACGAAAAAAUCUACAAGGACAAGGCCGACUUGCUUGAUUCACUCUUGGAUGCACUUCAACAUGUUUCCAAUCUUUCUCAAUAUAUCAGAGAAGACAGAUGUUUCCCCACACAACUUUUGUCUGAUCCAAUAAGACAAAUAGAAAAAAUCCUUGUAGAAAUAGCAGACCUGGAUAUAUGGGAAGAAGAUAUCCCACAUGAAUGGUUGCUUUUUGAUCAUGAAUUACAGUUAAAUAAGAAGAAAAGGCAUAUUCUGCCUUUUGAAGAAAUUACUGAAAAAAUGUCGUUUAUGGAGGAACAGAGAAAAGAAAAAGUGGAAGGAAUGUUGCGGUAUUACCAUGACGCCGGAAAAAUACUAUAUUUUAACGAGGAGGGGCUCAGUAAAAAUGUCAUUAUUGAUGUCCAGUGGUUUGUAGAUGCAUUCAAAAUCAUCAUUACUGACCGAAACCACAUCAAAGGAAUUAUUGCCACUAUGAAUGAUUGGAAUGAAUACAACGAUACUGGAUACUUGAAGAAAUCCCUUCUAUGCGAAAUUUGGAAAAAAGAAGAUGAAAAUUUGUUUAAAAACUUCGAUAGAAAGGAACGCUCAGUCGACAUCCAAUUUGAUAAGGAUUCACGCUUUCUUUCGUAUCACACAGAGGAAUUGUUGUCUUAUAUGCAAAAGCUUGGAUUAUUGUUCAUCGGAUCGAGUUCUCUGUAUGUUCCAUGCAUGAAUAAAAGGAGUUUUAAAGAACGGAGAAAGCAAUUAGGGGCAAUUGAUUCCCAAACAUCAAUUUUAGUUUUCUAUUUCGAAUUCUUCCCCUUCUUUAUUUUCUGUCGACUUAUAGUAAAAUUGACACAGAUUAAAAAUUGGACGGUUCUUACAGAUGGAGGCAAAAGUUGCUUAUACAAUAAUGCAGCCAUUUUUAAAUUCAAAGAGCAUUAUAUCUCAGUAGCCAUGAAAUCACCAACAAUUCAACUGCAGAUCUUUAAACCUGAUUCUAAAGUUUUGAAAGAUGUUACAAUCUUAAUCAGAAAAGAAAUAGAACACAAAAUCAUGCAACUUACACGAACCUUUUACAAGCAACUUAAACACAAAGUAGGAUAUUCAUGUAAGAAUGACCAAAAAAAGAUUCUGGGUUAUAAAGUCAAAGAUGACUUUUUGGAAGAGACAUUGCUGCGGCCUGGAAGACGAAUGACUUGUCCCCAACAUCCUAUAGAUAAAAAGCAUACUAUCAGCCCGAAUGACCUUAUGUUGUGUUGGAAAUAGGGAACAGUACUUUCUUUCAAAAAUACAUCAUAGGUGCAUUUCUACAGUUAUACAUUGUGCAUGCAUAUGAAAUAUGGAAAACAAUGGUUAAAAUUAAUUUAGAUG